GUUUAUAUAACUUGAGUCUAAAAGUCGUCUUCCAUUUUCCAGAGUUCUCUGUUUUGCAUAUUUUCAGAAUCUAGGAGUAUAACCCGGAACAGGACAUGGGUGUCAAGGAUCUCUGGGUGAUCGCUGGACCUUGUGAAGAAAGGAUUUCUCUUCACGAUCUUCGAGGGCAGACAUUAGCAGUUGAUCUAGCAGGCUGGGUUGUUCAGAACCAGACCGUUCCGGGAUUAAGUUACAGGGUGGCUAGACCUCAUCUCAGAAAUCUGAUAUUCCGAACCUCUUCAUUAAUCAGUUUGGAUAUUCUCCCUGUCUUUGUACUGGACGGAGAACCUCCUAAAGUUAAGUCUGCCACUGUCGCUUCAAGGAACAGAUUGAAUUGGGGCCCAUCAUCCCGUCCUGCCGCACCCCCUUCCCUUGAACAGAGUCCUAAAGUUCAAAAGCGAAGACAAUUUAGUGGGGUGUUGAAGGAGUGCGGAGAACUUCUUAAAUCUCUCGGAGUUCCUGUUCUAACAGCUCCUGGAGAAGCGGAAGCGUUCUGUGCUGCUCUGAACAGAGCUGGAUUAGUAGAUGGGGUUAUAUCUGAUGAUUCUGAUACUCUCUGCUACGGAGCCAGAACUGUUUACAGAAACUUCUCAACGGAUCCUAAGAACUUCUCUGUAUCUAAAUAUAGUUCUAAGAGAUUAAAAUAUGAGCAAGGUUUGAGUCGCGAGCGUAUAGUGAUCAUGGCUUUGAUCCUUGGCUGUGAUUACGUUCCAGGAGGAGUAAAUGGGGUUGGAAAAGACAAUUUGUUUAAAUUAUUUCAACACUGGGGAUCCCCAUUCAAAGGAGAGCUUAAAAAGGUUUUGGAUUGGGAUGAUGAGGAUUAUAUCGAGAUUAAGAAACAGACACAUUGUGGAACUUGUGGACACCCAGGAACUGUUGGUCAGCAUAGAAAAGGGGGAUGUGGAGUGUGUCCUCAUUCCUCCUCUCAUGGAUGUAUAAGUGGUAUACCAUGUCCUUGUGAUUAUCAUUCCCCAGAAACCCAGAGAAAUAUAACAGAAUCUAGUAUUAGACGGAAAGCUGUGGAAAGUGAAGGUUGGCCUCGUCUAGAGGUUGUUGAAGAGUUCUAUAAACUAGACGCGGAGGACAUUCAUCAUUCAUUCAUCUGGAGGUGUCCAGAUCCUGCAGGUUUCAUUAAGAUCUGUGAAACACGGUUAGACUGGGAGAGAGAAUACUCUUUAGAUAAAGUACAAGAUAUUGUUACUAGAUGGCAGGUUCGGCAUCCUGGAGAUUUAAGCAUUGUCAUCCCUUGUAGUGUAAUAAAGACCCGGAUCCAGGGUGGGCAGAAUAUGUUGGAGGUGGAGUGGAAUAGUUCAAAUCCUACUCUACCUUCCUCUUUUACUUCAUGUGUUCCUACUUCAGAUUUUGAAACUGCAUUCCCUGAACUUCUAAACCAGUUUAUUGAAAUCAGGGAGAACAAAAAGAAGAAAAAAAAUCCAAAGAAAAAUAAAGAAAAUAAUGACCCAACUGCAGCAAAGACGAAGAAGGUCGUGGGUGCAAAAACUACGAAAGGAAUUCAGCCUACAAUUACAAAAUUCUUGUCGAGCGGAGGAGGCGUUAAAUUCGCAACAAAUACUCUGUCAGUAGAGCCUAGCACGUGUUCUACUUUAUCAAACACGUGUUCUGCCGCAGCUAAGACGGAAAUAAGUCUAAAACCAAAGAAUGCACAGUUUCGAAAGAUCAAUAAGGUUGUUGUUGGAAGCUGUCUUGUUGAGGCUGCUGUGCCGAAGGUUAAAGGAUCUGAUGUAUUCAGCGUGGAGGAUAGCCUCUUACAGGAGAUGGAGUCCAUGAGUAUCAGCAACACUGAGUAUUCAUGGCUGGGUCAGAAAUCUAGAAAGCACGAUGAAACUAAUUUAGGAGAUUACUUAGAGGAAACCUAUAAUUCUGAGAUGUCUGGUAUUCUAGAUGAAAUUAUGGGAAACAGUCAACCUACUCCAGGUAACAGUGAGAAGCCCUUCAGCGUGUAUAGAGGGAACAAUAUAGAUCUAAACAAUUCAUCUUCAUCAUACUUCAAUCAACAAAUGACGUCAACCCCGGAGCUGCGGGGUAGAAUAUCAAGAAACAAUUUCCCCUUGAAACUUGAACCUAAAUUCUUGAAAUCUACCCCGGAAACAUCUAGAGAUCCUUCCCCUGAUAAUUCUCCUGAUAAUUCUCCUGUCAGGUGUGCAGGGGAUAAAUGGAAGGCUGAGCAGAGUGGUGUAGGAGAAGAUACAUUUGACAAGUUUGAUGAAGAUGCCUCGAAGUGCACUCCACUACUGGAAAGAGUAAAGAAGAGAAUGGGAAAAUAAAUUAUGGAAUACUUACAGAAAA